AUUUGUAGCUCUCGUAUUCAGUUUAUCUUAAUUUGGUAUCCAUAACUACCACUUUGAAUUUUUUCCCAAAAUCACUACUCAGAAACUGCAAGGUGCAAACCUGCUUCCUAAAUUUGCUAAGCGGGUACUGCAAACACCCAGACCCUUCUUCCAGAUGCUGCUCAAUGUCUCCUACUAAAAUCCCAGCCUGCAAUUUUGAAGGGCAAGAUUGCCUAUUUUAAAGUUUCACAGAACAAUCUGCCCCAGCAGGAUUAGUAGUUUUAGCCCUGUCCAUGGGAUCAUGUUGUAAGCUUAUGAAAUCAUAGAACAAACAAUUUAGAAUUGCUUUCUCAAGAGAAAAAGCAGAACCUUUGGGGAUCUUCAGUAUAGUGCCUAAGAGGAAAAGCCCAAGGGACAAGGAGGGUCUACUUACUAUUCUGACUGCUAAACAAGUAGGAUUACAUAAUCCCUUUGAAGACCAGUAAGAUCUAUGGACCUGAAUAAACUACAGUAAACUUAAUGAAAAUCCUUGCCUUUUAUGCCAUUAAGCUGCCCUUUAGGAUAAAACUGAUAACUUAAUCUCUGUUUCCUAGGUUGUUGCAGACUCUUUCUCAUCCUCACAAGCAGUAGCCUAUGUCCUCUCAAAACUGAUAACAAAAUUACAUUGCCUGCUAUACUCUGCAAAAUUUUGAACUGCAAAAGCCGAGAAAAUUUAGAAGAAACAUGUCCAUGAACCUCGCCAUAGUGUGUGCUGAAAGUAUCAAGUUUAAGUAUUCUAGGGAUAAAUUGUAACUAUUUGUAGGGAAAGUUUGACUGGGUGUUAAACUGAGAACAUCAAUCUUUGAAGUCAAGACUUAGCAAUCUAUUGGAUUCAAAAGAAUUUAUAUAAACAAAAUAUGAAUUAUUAUUUCUUUAGAGAAUGGAUCCCCGAAAUUGUUUUCACUUAGACCUACAAAUCUCUCACGUUCUUCAAAAUGUGUGUUCAAGUUUUAGCAGGCAAACAGCUAAGGAUAAAAAUAAUUAAUUUUAGAUUGCUUUACCAAAAUGGGUCUUAAUGUUCAUGAAAAUAUUCCAAUUAGUGUUUAGCAUUUAAAGCUAAUGCUGCAGCAUAUCAUGCAAAUAUUUUACACGAGCUACUAUCUUUUGCAAAAAGCUUUAGGCCCUGUGAGGUUAAGCCAAAUUCCCAUAUUUAGGGCACUCCUUGAAGGCAAUUUAGCAAUGACUUCUGGCAAGGUUGUCUUAACAUGGUACUUCCUUGCAUUGGUGGGUUUUCAAUAUUAUGCACUUGCAGCACCACAAAAUGCACAGAUCACAUCUGUGCCUGGCUAUGACGGCAGUUUUCCCUCAAAACACUAUGGAGGAUACAUAACAUUAGACGAGGCUCAUGGGAAGUAUCUGUACUAUUAUUUUGUUACAUCACAAGGAAAUCCAGCCAAAGAUCCUGUUGUCUUGUGGUUGAAUGGUGGUCCAGGUUGCUCAAGCUUUGAUGGUUAUGUUUAUGAGCACGGUCCUUUUAACUUUGAAGCUGUAAAUGGUUCUGGAAGUUUGCCCAAGCUACACCUUAACCCAUACUCCUGGUCAAAGGUCUCAAGUGUCAUCUAUUUGGAUUCACCAUCUGGUGUUGGCUUUUCAUACUCUACGACAGUCAAUGACUAUAAUACUGGAGACUUUCAGACAGCUAGAGAUACGCAUGCUUUCCUUUUAAAGUGGUUCGAGGAAUAUCCAGAGUUCCUUUCAAAUCCAUUGUUUAUUGCCGGAGAAUCAUUUGCUGGAAUCUAUGUUCCAACUCUGGCAUCAGAAGUAUCUAAGGGAAUUACAGCUGGUGUGAAACCUAUUCUAAAUUUUCAGGGCUAUAUGGUAGGAAAUGGGGUCACAGACCCUACAUUUGAUGGCAAUGCACUUGUGCCAUUUGUUCAUGGAAUGGGUCUUAUACCAAACUCUCUAUUUGAGGAAACACAGGAUGCUUGCAAGGGAAAUUACCGGUAUUCUACAAGUGCAAGUUGUUCUACGAAAUUAAAUGAGAUUGAUGAGCUUGUUUAUAGGCUUAAUGAAUAUGACAUUCUUGAGCCAUGCUACCAUGAGACAGAAGUACAAGACAUUGUCGUUAGCCAACACAACUUGCCUGAAAGCUACAAGCAAUUGGGUGAGACUAAAAAGCCUCAUCCAGUAAGGAGGAGGAUCUUUGGUCGUGCUUGGCCUCUCAAAGCACCAGUUGCAGAUGGAAUUGUUCCAACAUGGCCACAGCUCUCUGAAAGUGUCCCUUGCAUUGAUGAUCGGGUUGCGAAAGUUUGGUUAAAUGAUGAAUCUGUGAGGAAUGCCAUACAUGCUGGGACGAAGGCUACUUGUGGAGAAUGGGAUCUGUGCACAGGUCGCAUUAACUACAACCAUGAUGCUGGAAGUAUGAUCAGCUACCAUGCAAAUCUUACAAGCAAAGGAUACCGUGCAUUGAUUUACAGUGGUGAUCAUGAUAUGUGUGUGCCUUUCACUGGAUCUGAGGCUUGGACAAGGUCCUUGGGGUAUGCAAUAACGGAUAAAUGGCACCCCUGGUUUGUGAAUGGACAAGUUGCUGGCUAUACUCAAGGAUACGCCAAUAACUUGACCUUUGCAACCAUAAAGGGAUCUGGACACACAGUUCCAGAAUACAAGCCUGCAGAAGCAUUGGCAUUCUAUACACGGUGGCUGGCUGGAGAACCUUUGUAAAGCACCAUUAAUUUCGAAGAUUCACUAACUAACAUUAUUGCUUCAUUUAUGUGUGCAUCCUACCUACAAGUCAUUCUUGUGUUGUAUUUGUAGUGUCCUAUUCUGCUAAUUAUUUGAAUGCAAAUAGCACGUUUCUGUAUUGCUAUUUCUGGCAGAUUGUUUGCUUAAUCCUAAUAAAAUAAAUUUAUUACAGAAGUUGUGCCAUGGUAAACAUUUGGCGCACUGUGGAAUCUGGCCAAGAAUCACUAUUUGAUUUUCUCUCAACACAGUGGGAAAUGCUUGUUCAAUUUGAAAAAGAAAAUCACAAAAAUUGACAAUUUGGUAGCAAUGUGCAAGAAGAUUAAAUUGGAAGAUAACAGGAAUUGAUAAAUCAUCACUUCUCAA